AUGGAUGCGGACGGAGCCGGCAAGAUCAAGUGCGUGGAGUACAUGGUGGUGGACGUCAUGCUGCAGGCCAACACACCGCUGCGCAUCAGCGAGCGCAUACAAGACCCUGACGAGUUCCUGGGCCUAACUGAUGCGAUCGUGCUCGAGGUGCGCAACAGCACCGACCCGGCGCUGGCGAGGGCGGCGGCGACGGCGCAGCGCAUCGAGCGGCGCGACGUGUACGCGUUCUGCGCGGAGAUCGAGGUGCCCCAAGAACGCGUCAUGGCGUGGGAGAAGAUGACCGAGGACGAGGUGGUCGGGCACCAGGAACACAACUGCGGCGUCAUGCUGACUGCGGAUGACGUCAGGGUCCACAACCUGAAGAUCGAUUUUUCGAUGGGGGGCGAGAACCCCGUGCGCAAGGUGCCCAUCUGGCACCGCGACGGCCGAUGGGAGUACUGCUGCGAGCGCCCCUUCGAGCCCAAGCUGUGCGUGCAGCGCAAGGUGCGCGUCUACCUGGCUCGAGAGACCGCGGACCGGAGCUCCCGCAACGCCGCCAUCCGCGCCGUACAGGCGGCGUUCGCGGCCGCAGUCAAGGCGCGGUUCGGCUCCAGCAUCCGCAUCAUCCUUGGUGGCGAGCGCCAGCCGGCCGCGCCAUCGCGCUCGGGCGUCACCGGCCGCAGCGGCGGCGGCGGCGGGGGCGGCGGCGGUGGCGGCGCCGCGGGCCUGAGCUUGUCGCGGCAGCAGGCGUCCCCGGCGGGCGGCUGGGGCCAACGCAAGCGGCUUGGUAGCGAGGCGUUGGGGCUGGAGGGCAUCAAUCAGCAGCAGCAGCAUCAGCAGCAGGCCAGCAAUGGCGGAGAGCACCUCAGCACGUGCCAGCAGCGGUGGCGAGGACAGCAGCAACAGCAGGAGCGGCCACAGCCUACGAGCAGCACAGGCCCAACCCUGGUGAGCGGGCCCUCCCACGGCUGGCCACGGCAGGACGGCGCAGCACACGCGGUGGCGGCGACGGCAGAGGGCCGCGGUGCGGGCGCGACCGCGACGCCGGAGAAGGCGCCGCCGGCGAAGCGGCGUGGUGAUAGCGAUGAUGAGGACCAGCAGGAUGAGCAGGCAGCCAAGCGGCCUUCCGGCUACGCAAAGCAGCAGCCGCUGCAGCAGCAGCGGCGCUUGUCUCGGGGACCGAUUCAGGGGCAGCAGCAGGAUGGAGAGCAGCAGCGCAGCGAUGACGAGUUGAGGGCGUUCGGUAGCAUAGAGGCGGAGGGAUUGAACGAGGUCGAAGAAGAGAGCGAGGGCGACGGGGAGGAGGGGAUGCUCCUCACGCAGGAGAGCGCGAGUGCUGCGGCAGGCAAGCGCCGGAAGUGA